GUCUCUUCAGCUAAUAAUUUGUAUUUUGUUUUUGUUUUUUUGACUCUUGAAUCUUGAAGAAGCCCACCGUCAGCUAAUAAUUUGUAUAUCUUUGUUUGCGUGUGUCAUCACACUCUAAAGCCUGCAUAUCUGUAGCAGAAUAUGUGUUGUGACUUUGCUUUCCUUUCCUUUCCUUUGUUACUAUGUCAAUCCAUGUUAAGUUUUAUCUUGUCCUUCCCUUUGCAUUGUCUUCAAUGUGGACCAUGUCACUUUUGUCGCGGAUGUAUAUUUUUUUUUUCCUAGUUGCAUAUGUAGUUAUUGUUAACCAUCUUAAUCAUUUUUUUAAUUUUAUUUUAUCAUAUUUCCAAUGUGUGUUGUUUCUCCAUUUCUGGUUGAAACCCCAUCACCAUGGCCACCAUCAACCAUUCUAAUUGUCUGCUAGCAACUCCACUAAUACUCACCACUCUUGACAUCUGUAGAUUACCAUCAGUUCAUCACAAUCAACCUUACUGAAACCUAAGCUUCGAAUUGAUUGGAGCAAAGUUCAAUUUGGGUGAUUUUGGGGAAUUUUGGGGGGUUUUACUUCAAUUCAAGAUGUUUCUAUUGAGCAGAAAUCUUGUGCACAUCUUGCGUCAUUUGGGGAAAUGCGUAGUCUAUUUUGCAAGACUAUAUUUUUUGAUUUGCACUUCGGAUUGACAAAUGGAUCUAGAUGGUUCUCUACAUAUGAUGCUGAUGUAGAAAUCGUAGAAAUGUUGAAAAUGAGGUUUAUUGAAGAUGGGCACAGGAAGGCACUUUAUAAAAAUGGUUGUCUGUUGCCAAAAUGGAUGUCGACUGAAAAUCUUCAGCUUCCUCGGCAAACAAAAUUUCUAACCGAAAUUGACUAUAUGAAUUGUGUCGGGAGGCUUUCAAAUACCGAUCAGUGUCAUUCUUUUGUUCACUUUUUACGAAAAGAUCUCAUAUAUGUGGUGGAGGGAAAUGAUAAGAGUUUUUUCAAGCAUGCUAUGAACAGAUUUUCGUGGUAUAAUCCCUGUAAUUUUUACCCUGUGGCAAAUGUGGAUGCAUCAGUAGAUGAAUAUGGCAAUGCAAGUGUUGCUGUUGUCAUUAGGAGUCCUAAAGGUGUGAUAAAGAACACCUUUUUCAUGUCACUGGAGGGGAAAAUGUCUAGCCAUUCUGCGGAAGUAAAAAGCGGCGAACUGGCUAUUUUAGUGGCUUCCGAGUUGGGGUAUGAUUCUCUUGAGAUAAGAAGCGACUCGGGAGAUUACGUCAAUGGUAUGCGUGGCAAAUUUAAAACCGAGGAGGAUGACCUGGAAUUCAUUAAGAACUGCCGAUUGACAAAUGGAUCUAGAUGGUUCUCUACAUAUGAUGCUGAUGUAGAAAUCGUAGAAAUGUUGAAAAUGAGGUUUAUUGAAGAUGGCACAGGAAGGCACUUUAUAAAAAUGGUUGUCUGUUGCCAAAAUGGAUGUCGACUGAGAAUCUUCAGCUUCCUCGGCAAACAAAAUUUCUAAUCGAAAUUGACUAUAUGAAUUGUGUGUGUCGGGAGGCUUUCAAAUACCGAUCAGUGGCAUUCUUUUGUUCACUUUUUACGAAAAGAUCUCAUAUAUGUGGUGGAGGGAAAUGAUGAUGAGUCUUUUGAUGCAUGCUAUGAAUAGAUUUUUGUGGUAUAAUCCCUGUAAUUUUUACCCUGUGGCAAAUGUGGAUGCAUCAGUAGAUGAAUAUGGCAAUGCAAGUGUUGCUGUUGUCAUUAGGAGUCCUAAAGGUGUGAUAAAGAACACCUUUUUCAUGUCACUGGAGGGGAAAAUGUCUAGCCGUUCUGCGGAAGUAAAAAGCGGCGAACUGGGGAAAAUGUCUAGCCGUUCUGCGGAAGUAAAAAGCGGCGAACUGGCUAUUUUAGUGGCUUCCGAGUUGGGGUAUGAUUAUCUUGAGAUAAGAAGCGACUCGGGAGAUUACGUCAAUGGUAUGCGUGGCAAAUUUAAAACCGAGGAGGAUGACCUGGAAUUCAUUAAGAACUGCCGUGUGCAGAGGAAAUUGGGUAAAGAAAAGUUUGGUAUUAAUCUUAAAGUCGUGUUCGUUUUGAGGGAGGUGAAUGUUGUUGCAGAUUUCUUGUCCAGAAUUCUACAAAUUCACGCCAAGUAUGGUCCCAGGGCGGACAAAAUAGAGUAUGCUACAAUUUGCUGUUCAUUUCCUGCUCCCUCCUCCAAAAUUUAGCUAUUUCAUCUUCCAAAAUUUAGUUGUCUCAUUUCCUGCGGAUCAUCAUUUUCGUCUUUUUCAAGAUCGAAAAGCUAUUUUACAGAAUUUUUUCAGAAAGCAGCGGCGACUAACUGAUUUUUUGAAGAGGAGGAAGGAUGAGACAGCUAAAUUUUGGACGAGGGAGCAGGAAAUGAGACAGUUUAAUUUUGGAAGAUGAAACAGUUAAAUUUUGGAGGAGGAAGCAGGAAAUGAGCAGCAAAUUGUAGCAUACUCUAUUUUGUCAACCUGCUCCCUCGUUCAAAAUUUAGCUGUCUCAUUCUUCCUCCUCUUCAAAAAAUCAGUUAGUCGUCGCUGCUUUCUGAAAAAAUUCUGUGGAAUAGCUUUUCGAUCUUGAAAAAGACGAAAAUGAUCCGCAGGAGAUGAGACAGCUAAAUUUUGGAGGAUGAAACAACUAAAUUUCGGAGGAAGGAGCAGGAAAUGAGUAGCAAAUUGUAGCAAACUCUAUUUUGUCACAACUCUCUUUUUAUUAAAAGCUUGGUAGGGAUCUUAUAUAAUAUUGGACUACAAGUGUCUUGGGGUUUUUCUAUAAAUAUCGUGAAGCAUUAAUCUAUUUGUUUUUCUAUAAA